GUAAAAUGCUAAACGUUUCUAAUACUUAUUAUAUAUGGAUCUUGACUGCUGUGUAUGAUAUUUUUGUUUGGUUGUUAUUUGUGAUUAGUUUCUAGGAUUGCAAGUGUAUCAUUAUAUUUUAAUGCAUGUCUGCAUUAAUUAUAAUGGGAAGAUGCAAUGUAGUUUCACCAAAAUUUGUAAUUCACAUUGAAGCUUUAGAUGAUAACCCCUUUGAUCUAUUACCAAAAUUUGGCUGCUACAACUUGGAAAGGCAAUAAAAAUGCUUCAGCUUACCUGGUUCAGAGCGGCUAAACAACUCUUCGUCUCAGUUACGCUCAGCCUUCGGUUUCCUUUGAUGCAACCUGAUUGUAACAUUACAAUGCUGGUGGGUUUAGAUACAUUAGAGAUAAGAGUAAUUACAUAAUCAAUGGACAUGUUUGCCAUUGCAAUGCUUUCUAUUGCAUUAUGAUAUUGACUGCGUUAUUCUUUAUCUUUCAACCGAGUUACCAAACGCUACCAAUAAAUUAAUCUGAAGAUUCAUAGAUCAUAAUAAUCUCUAGUCAUGAGAAAUUAAUGCUAAAGAAUUCCUACCGAGAAAGGAUAUGGCCGAGGAAGUCAGCCAACUCCUAGGACAUUAUUCUAUCGCUGGAUUUGCCUUCGGGUGGCCAACACUUCAUGGAAAACCUACAUCCGCGAUGGUCCAUGUGAAGUCAUUUAUUGAGGAGCUCUCCCAAAAAGAAAACGUGUGUCAACUGCCUUACACGACUUGGGAUGAGUCAUAUUCCUCAAAGAAUGUUGAGCUCUUGGUCAAAGGGCUGGAUUUCCCUUCUCAUGUUGACAAAGCUAUUAGAGAUCAGUUUGCAGCAGUUAGGAUACUGCAGGACUAUCUCGAUGCAAUGAAUGUUGACGAGCAUGGUCUCCCGAUCAUACGUGACGGCGAGUCGGAUUGCAGCUCCAAGGAAUCAAGAGAAUAAAAGCCCAACAAGCGUCAAGAAAGAUGAAACAUAUGUAUUUGAGUCCACCAAGCAUCUACAACUAAUGAGAAAGGGUUUGCAUGUGUGGUUAAAGUAAUUGUGACUUGAAGUAGCAUCAUCAGUUUUCCUCGUUUGUGUGAACAGAUUGUUGUUGAAUAUGUAAUCGUGUGUAACUGAAUCAGAAUUGGUUUCUUUUUUAGUUGUGUAGCCACCUACUUAUCUAUCCAACGAAGUCAUGAAAUUUGGAAUGUA